CUGGACCUCACCUGUGCUGGACUUGGCAGACCUCGCGAUUUUCGACCCUCCUCUUCACACCUCAGCCUUGCAUUGCCCCCCCGACCUUGCCCUGUCCCAUUCGGCAGCCCAUCCGCACAUCCUCACCAGCCGCAGCCGCAACCAUGUUCAGGCUCGCCCGUAGUCGAGCUGUGGCCUCGGCUUUUGCCGCGCCGCCAAAGGUCUCUCCCUCCGUCAGAUUCCCCGGCCUGGCCCAGCAAAAACGGAACCUCUCGAUCCACGAGUACCUGUCUGCCGACCUCCUGCGCCAGUAUGGCAUCGGCGUCCCCAAGGGCGCUGUCGCGAAGACCGCCGCCGAGGCCGAAUCUGUCGCCAAGCAGAUCGGCGGCGAGGACAUGGUCAUCAAGGCCCAGGUCCUCGCCGGUGGCCGUGGAAAGGGCACCUUUGACAACGGCCUCAAGGGUGGCGUCCGUGUCAUCUACUCGCCCACCGAGGCCAAGAUGUUCGCCGAGCAGAUGAUCGGCCACAACCUCAUCACCAAGCAGACCGGUGCCGCCGGCCGGCUCUGCAGCUCCGUCUACAUCUGCGAGCGCAAGUUUGCCCGUCGCGAGUUCUACCUCGCCGUCCUCAUGGACCGUGCCUCCCAGGGCCCCGUCAUCGUCUCGUCCUCCCAGGGCGGCAUGGACAUCGAGGGCGUUGCCAAGGAGAACCCCGAAGCUAUCAACACCAACUACAUUGACAUCAACGUGGGCGUCACCGACGAGGUUGCCACCGAGAUCGCCACCAAGCUCGGUUUCAGCGAGCAGUGCGUCGACGAGGCCAAGGACACCAUCAAGAAGCUGUACCAGAUCUUCCUCGAGAAGGACUCGACCCAGAUCGAGAUCAACCCCCUGUCAGAGACCUCCGACCACAAGGUCAUGUGCAUGGACGCCAAGUUCGGCUUCGACGACAACGCCGACUACAGGCAGAAGGACGUCUUUUCGUGGCGCGACACCACCCAGGAGGACGCCGACGAGGUCCGCGCCGCCGAGUCCGGCCUCAACUUCAUCAAGCUGGACGGUGACAUUGGCUGCCUCGUCAACGGUGCUGGCCUUGCCAUGGCCACCAUGGAUAUCAUCAAGCUGAACGGCGGCCAGCCUGCAAACUUCCUGGACGUUGGUGGUGGUGCGACCCCGGCCGCCAUCAAGGAGGCCUUCGAGCUUAUCACCAGCGACCCCAAGGUAUCUGCCAUCUUCGUCAACAUCUUUGGCGGUAUCGUGCGAUGCGACGCCAUCGCCCACGGUCUCAUCAACACCGUCAAGGCCCUCGACCUCAAGAUCCCCAUCAUUGCCCGUCUGCAGGGCACAAACAUGGAGCAGGCUCACGCUCUGAUCAACGACUCCGGAAUGAAGAUUUUCUCUAUUGAUGACUUGCAGAGCGCCGCCGAGAGGGCCGUGCAGCUCUCCAAGGUCGUGAAGAUGGCUCGUGACAUUGAUGUUGGUGUCGAGUUCACGUUGGGUAUCUAAGGCAUCGUGCCGAGGUGCUUUCUCUGUAUUAUCUCACAUCACGGGCGGUCAUUUCCCUACACAGCUCGCUCAUGGACGCGGAAUGGAUAGAAUUUACAACGCAGCAUCGUCUUUUGUGUGCAUCGCAUCACGUUUGGUGCAAAACUUGUCCGUCAAAUGCCGUUGUUGACAGCGCGUGUUCGCAUGCGAACAUCUUUUCGCCUAUAUUAUUCAAUGUACUUACGGCUACAGUAUUCAUAUUCAUUGCUCCGUCUCAACCAGACCACAUCUACGGGUCAAGGUCGUCGUCCUCACUGGACGAGACUUGUAAAUCAAACGCUAAUGCUGCUGCUAAA